UCAGCCGCAAGCCGGGAACCAGAAGGGGCGGAAGAGCAAGGCAGCAGACAGGACCUUCCUCCCAGGGAGCGGGCUCCAACGAGCUGGCUCUCCGAGGCCUUUGGAGGCAGGUUUCUGUCACUGGUUCGUCCUCUGAGACCGUAGGGGGAUGGCACAACGGCGAACAGUGACCCUGCCCUAGUGAAUUUAUGGUCUGGGAGGGCGGGCACUCAGCUGGCAGCCUGUUUCACGUCUUCCUUUAACCUCCUGUUCCCCGGAAAGGAUGCCCGAGGGACACAAUGGUGGGGGAGGCUCCUGAACUUGGGCACGCUGUACCAUCUAAGCGACGCUCAGCUCUCCCUGGCCCUGCCCCAAGCGCGCCUCUGCUUGGGAUAAGCUGGGGCUCCUCCCGCCUCUCAGAGGUACAGUUCUGGAGCGGAGGUUCCUGCCUCCCUUCCCCUGUGCCCUGGAAGCUCAGAGCAGCUGGGGAGAUAAGGUAAUGGCCGAGACCCCCAUCUCCCGAACUGCUCCCCUCACCAGACUGGAGCCCUUGCAGGACUCUGGCCUCUCCCUGUGCCCCCCUCCCCCACCGCCAGGGCCGACGUUCUCAUUCCCAACAGCCUCCUUCUCCAACCUCCUGAAGUGAACCGUUGCCCGUUGCCCGGUUUGCUUUCCUUUCGGGCCAACCCAACACUUGGCUGCUCAGAGCUCAGUGCAGAUAUAAGUGACCAGACCACCACCGCCACCACCAGCACCCCAUGUACAGCCAGUGAAAACCCUGCCUGAGCAGCCUCCACCCCCACCAUCCAAGAUGACCUCGACAGCUCCAGAGUUGCUAGUGGGCAUCAAUGGAUUUGGUCGCAUUGGUCGCCUGGUAUUGCGAGCCUGCAUAGAAAAGGGCGUCAGGGUGGUGGCAGUGAACGAUCCAUUCAUUGACCCGGAAUACAUGGUGUACAUGUUCAAGUAUGACUCCACCCAUGGCAGAUAUAAGGGGAGUGUGGAACACAGGAAUGGACAACUGGUUGUGGAUAACCAUGAGAUCAAUGUGUACCAGUGCAAAGACCCCAAAGAAAUCCCCUGGAAGUCUGUGGGGUGUCCCUACGUAGUGGAGUCUACAGGCGUCUAUCUGUCCCUAGAGGCGGCUUCGGCACACAUCUUGGCUGGCGCCCAGCGUGUGGUGAUCAGCGCACCCUCUCCUGAUGCGCCCAUGUUGGUCAUGGGUGUGAAUGAAAAGGAGUACAACCCCAGCUCCAUGAACAUUGUCAGCAAUGCAUCCUGUACCACCAACUGCCUGGCCCCCCUCGCCAAGGUCAUCCACGAGCGCUUCGGGAUUAUAGAAGGGCUGAUGACCACAGUCCAUUCCUACACGGCUACCCAGAAGACAGUGGACGGACCAUCAAAGAAAGACUGGAGAGGUGGACGUGGUGCACACCAGAACAUCAUCCCAGCCUCCACUGGGGCGGCCAGUGCUGUGGGCAAAGUCAUCCCGGAGCUCAAAGGGAAGCUAACAGGAAUGGCAUUCCGGGUGCCAACCGCGGAUGUGUCUGUUGUGGACCUGACCUGCCGUCUGGCACAGGCUGCCCCCUACUCUGCAAUCAAGGAGGCUGUGAAAGCAGCAGCUAAGGGGCCUAUGGCUGGUAUCCUUUCCUACACAGAGGACCAGGUGGUCUCGACGGACUUCAUCGGGGAUCCCCACUCAUCCAUCUUCGAUGCUAGGGCUGGCAUAGCCCUCAAUGACAACUUCGUGAAGCUCGUCUCCUGGUACGACAACGAGUAUGGCUACAGUAACCGGGUGGUUGACCUCCUCCGCUACAUGUUCAGCAGAGACAAGUGAGGACUUGGCUUCCUGGUGCUGCUGGGCCGGAAGCUGCACCUCCAGUUCCACCCCUCGGCUCCACUUGGAAGGAGGGCGCGUGGCGUGAGGGCCUUGUGCCGGGGGUCUUGGGCGAAAUAAAAACCCAACUACCUA